UUCAGAUUUACCCAGAAACCAUUGCGCUGAUGUUUUUAAAAUGGCGGAAGAAAUUCUAAGCUCAGUCUGCUUAUUAUUGCUAGGAAUUAUGCUGUAGUGCGGGAAUAUACUGAUCUUACACGUCUUUAUUAAUCUAGAUUUACGUCAAGAAACGCUGUUGCAGUCGCCAUGUCUAUUGAUCUUCAAAACGCCAAAGCCGAAGCGCAUGAAAAUGCUGCCAAACUUGUCGCCACUAUGCUUCAGAAUCCAGACAGUUUGGAUAAGGUGGAGCAAUGGAGAAGGCGUGUGAUGCGCAACAAGGCUUCAGUAGAAGCAAGACUUAAAACAGCAGUACAGUCCCAACUAGAGGGAGUCCGCACUGGACUUGGACAGUUACAAGGGGCUCUGCAAGAUAUCAAACAGAUCAAGCAAAGCAUGGAGGAGGUUGAUGGGAACCUCAAGGGUGUGUCAAAGCUAGCGGAGGACCUGGAGCAGGUGAAGCAGGUCCAGUACCGGCACUCCCAGCUGUCAAAGUGCAAUGAGCUGCUGAACCACAUCUUCAAUGUGCCGGAGAAUGUGGAGAAGGCUUAUAUACUGAUCAGCGAUGGGAAGCUGUUGCUUGCUCAUAAAUGCCUUGCAGAUCUUGAGGCUACUAGAGAUGAGUUCCUGUUUGAGGUCCACAAGAUGUCUCAAAGUGAUGAUCGGCCUAAGACAGACCAGUCGCCACUCCAUGACUAUUUCAGAGAUGUAGCCAAACUGUCUGAAACUCUCGGAAAGCAGCUGUGGCUGGUGUUACAGAGGUUUCACAGCAGCGUCAGGAGCGACCCGGCUCAGCUAGUGACAGCACUUAGAAUCAUAGAGAGAGAAGAAAGAGCUGACAAAAGAGCAGAGCUGCGCCUCUCCUCUACUGGUUUCAAGGUUCCUGGGCGGCCCAAGCGCUGGAAACAGAAGUGCUUUGAGGUCAUAGAGUCUGGCAUCGGAUACAGAUUUGAGAGCCUCGAGAUGCAUAUCGCUGAUGAGCGCCUAACUGAAAAGAUGUGGCUGGUGAAGCAUCUGGAGAGAACCAGGCAGAAAGUUCUUGACGACUUGACGGUCAUUAAGAACCUUUGUCAGCCCUGUUUCCCUCCAAGUUACAACAUAUUUGACAAGGCAGUCCAGAUGUAUCACGCUGCUCUAUCUUUAAUGCUUGAGCGUACAGUCUGUGAACAGCGGCUUGACUCCAAUGAAUGUGUCAGUAUCCUAGCCUGGAUAAGAGAAUAUGGUGGCAUAGAUCUGAUGAUGCAUCCUGACCUCCAAGUGGAUGUGGAGUUCCUUCCACCGCUUCUGUCAUCCCCUGUCCAUAAAGACCUCGUCGAUACAUACAUCAACACGACUUCAACAAAUAUUAAAGAGUGGAUGAAGAAGAUGAUCGAGUCAGAUGAAAAGGACUGGCAUAAGAAUACCCUUCCGGAGAAAGACGCAGAUGGCUUCUUCAACACGUCACUUCCGGUCUUCCUAUACCAGAUGGUAGACCAAAAUAUGCAAGUUGCAGGGCAGACGGGAGAGGAUAUCAAGAUGCAGAUACUUGAUAUCGGCAUGGAAGAGCUCCAAGGUUUUCAACGUGAAUACAGAAAGAGUCUACGUCAAUUUAAAGCAAAACAUUUUGAAGACAGAAGUCAGCCGCCAAGAUUCAUCGAAUACAUGAUCGCCAUUGUCAACAACUGCAUGAUGUGUAUUAACUUCACUGAGCAGUUUCGGGAUCGCAUGGAAGCAGAUUUUGGUCGUGCCGCAUUCGGAGAAGACAGACAACAAAUCUUCAAGGGCAUCAUAUCAUGCUUUGAGACUAUUGGAGAGGAGGGGUGUCGGUAUCUUCUUGACGAGGUGUUCCUGGAUCUCAACCCAUUUUUUAUCCAGAUUAUGACACCAGCCUGGGUUACAUCAACAAACCAAGUGGACACCAUCAUCGUCACAAUCGAAGACUACUCCAGGGACUACACCCACAUGAAGCCAAGGUUUUUUGAUUACCUUGUGGAUCAAGCCUUAGAGAGGUCGCUGAUUGAGUAUGUGCGAGCCAUGAUGAACAAACGAAUUGCAUUCAAAAACUAUGACGAGAGGAAAUCAGCUGCAUCAAAAAUCUUAGACGAGGCGAAGAAAUUUGAAAAGCUCUUUACCAAACUCACCGGUCGGGCGGAGGAGGUAAUCGGCAAGUGCUCCGUCCUGCCAACGCUCACAGAGGUCAUAAAGCUGAGGGACACUUCAAUGAUGGCUCUGGAAAUAUCUGGUAUUGCUAACAAGUACCCUGACUUCAAGUCAGAUCAUGCCAUGGCACUGCUACUGAUGAGGGGCGAUGUGGGGCGCAUAGACGCGAGACAGCUGAUAUUGGAAACCCCACUGAAGGAUAUGAAAGAGGGUGAGCAAGUCGACCAGGGAAGAUUCUUUGAUCAGAUUAUUGUACCACCAUCACUACUGGACAAAAUGGAAACUGCCUGGAAGUCCAAACCAAAAAGCUAAUACGUCUAGCACCAGUUUAUUGUAGAAUAUACCACAGUAUGACAUUUAGGAAAACAAAAAUGUUCAGAAGGGGGAAAUUUCAAACUUUGAAGAAAAUGAGAAUAUAAAACAUACUCUUGUCAAGUUUAAAUAAGUCAUUGUUUAAUACUUUUUUCAAAUACAUGUUGUUUCUUAUGACAUCCCUUGUAAUUACAAAUACUAUUAAAGUUGAUGUACAUUAAGUAGAAAGUCACAAUCUUAAAAAAAUAUAUUAUAUGUAAUUAUCAAACUUAUUCACAUGAUUUGAA